UAUAACGUGUUUUUUUUUAACUUAUAAAACCAUGUAACUUAAUACUAUUUACAUAUCGAAGAUAAAGCUGAUCAUGCGUGUUCAAUAUUCUAUGAUAUUUUGGAAUAUGACACUUUACGUGAACCUGGCUUAAACUACCUGUAACGAUAUCUAAAAAAUCAUAUUUUGAAAUGGAACCAGAAACUGACAAACAUACUAGAUGGAAAUUGAAGAAGAUUAAUAAAUGUUGGUUUUUAGACGUUGGUGGUAAACUGAAAGGGAUGAAUAUCCUGAACUAUGCAAAAGAUGUCUACAUGGAGGACAACAUUAUUUUCGCAGAUGAUAAAAUGUAUCAACUUACGGAGAGUAACAAUGAUGUCCUGAUAACAGAAAUACAAGAUAUAUGUCAAACAGAUAAACCUCCUGAAUGUGAGAGAAAAGAGCCCUUUUUAAACGCAGAAAAGGAAGAGUCUCAUGCAGAUGGCAAUGAUCACGAAAGGGAGCUUGAUGUGACUCUAAAAGAAAAUCAUGAAAUUCAUCUGAAUGUCAACAAGGAUGCUAUUCAAAGUGGGUCAACUGAGGAACUAACUCCAACAGAAGAUACCGAAUACGACGACAAUACAGAAUCAGAUUCAGAACAAGAGAUGGAUCAUGAACUGGCCAGUGACCUGUAUGUACCAGAGGAAGAUACACAAAUUGAUAACGAGGCCUUGUCAGAUCGGGAACGAGAGGAGAGUUAUGAACUGGACAGCAAGCAAUACGUACAAAAGAAAGCUCUGGCGGCCCCUAUGUGCAACCAAGUGGAACCGUUUGAACAGCAUUGAUAGAGGACCAUCCAAGGAACAUCCAUGCCAAGUUUCAUCAAAUCCAUUCAGUUGUUUAGAAGGAGACGUCGUUAAAACACAAUUGUUGAUGACGGACGGACACACGGGCGACGGACACAGCGUGAUCACAAUGCAUUUAACAAAUAUGAUGAUACAUUUUGAUAUACAAAUAAUUUGUUUAACCGGUGUUGAAUGCAGGCUCUUUGCUCUUUUAAUUUCCCGGCUUUAUUUUGAAGAAAAAAUAGGGACAUAAAAAUGGGCUGCGUUUUCCAUCCGUCCGUCCGUCACACUUCUUGUCCGGUCCAUUACUCUGCUAUCGGUCAAGAGAUUUUGAAAUUACUUAGCACAAAUAUUCCCCGUAUAGAGGCAACAUGCCAUGCGCUAGACCCAGACCCCUAGAUUAAAAGUCAAGGCUACACUUUGAGGUAAAUAAUUAACAGGGUAUGUUUCCUGGCUGGUCUAUAACUCUACCAUUAAAAUAACUUGGCACAAAUGUUUCACACAAUGAGACAACGUUUCAUGCCAAAGACCCAGACCCCUGGCUCCAAGGUCAAGGUCACACUUGGAGGUCACGGGUUUAGCGGAACAGUUUCAUGUCCGGUCCAUAACUCUACCAUUCAUCAAAGGAUUUCAAUAUCAAUUAGCAAACAUAUUUUCCAUAUUGAGACGAGAUGUCAAACGCAAACCUAGCAUCCUGUCUCAAAGGUCAAUGUCAUACUUAGAGGUAAAAUAUAAAAGAUAAUGUGUUUUAUGUAUUAUAUUUUUGUCUGGUCUGUAACGUUUUUAUGCAUGGAUGUAUAUUGAAAUAGCUUGGCAUAAUUUUCACCAUUACAAUACAAUGUGCCAUGCCCAAACAAAAGUCAAGGCCACAGACACACACAAUUUAACUCUCUGUUUUUGUUAUAACAUGUAAUUACUUCCCUUUUAUAUGAUAAAGUACAAUACAUUUUUCGCACCAGUUUUCCACUAAUUAAAAUUGAAGUUAGGUUUAAAAUAUUAUGUUUGGUAUUGAUAGAUAAAAAAAGCUAUUAUCAUUUGUACUUUUUAUCCAGAAUACAAACCCAGGCACAAGUUAUAACUUUAUUGUAUAUAUACAGUGCUCCCUCUCUACAGCGGCCUUCUGAAGAACAAUUCCCUCCUUGCAACAACACUUGCUACAGACUCCAAAAUAUGCCAUUUGUCCUUUAUUUUACCUCUCUACAACAACUCCCUCCGAACAACAACCUAAUUUUCCGUCUCCCAAAGGAUGUUGUUGUAGAGAGGGAGCACUGUAGGUAAAUACAGUACAAUUAGGAUUGGAAUACAUUAGGUUGAUAAGCAGUGCAGCUGUGCAUUGAUCAACAUUGGUUUAAACUGUCACUGGUGUGUAAUUUAAAACCAAGUUUCAUUAGAACCUUUAAAUGUCAUGCAUUUUACUUGUUUAUUAAUUAACUCCCUUUAAAAUGAUGAAAUAUUUCAUUACAUUUUAAGGGGACGCAUAUUGCUACAUUCACAGAUCAUACAGAAAUGAAGAAGGGGUGCAUAUUCAAGAAAUUGAUGGCGGAAAGAUAAAAAACAUAUUCCAAAACUGAUAUAAUACUGAUGAACACCUGUAAUAUUUAGUACUUUGUGGAUAAGGAUGUGGUACUAUGAAUGUAUUAAGCUUUUGUAUAAGAAAAAAAAUCAACAGAUUUUUUACAAUACCGGUGUUACAAAUAAUGUUGAAGGGAUGAGAUUUUCUUUCUAACGCACCAGGUUUGCUUAAACAUGUAAAAAUUUAAUGCCACGUCAUUUAAACUUGGGAUGGACGCCAUCUUUCUCAUUGAUAAAAAAUAUAAACAAAACAAUCAGAGUGGGAUUAGCAUUGCAAGGGCAUAACAUGACAUUCUACACAAUGAGUACCUUAGAACAGAUAUGUAAGAUGCUACACAGGUCUGGUGGGUUAAAUGCAUAACGUCGGUCACUUGAAAUUGAUCUUGAAAAGGUGGUUAAUUUUAGUUUAUUUACAUGGUUUUUAAUUUUCCCAAGACUUCUUGGCGAUUCACUGCAAAAAGUAUUACUGCGCCGGACGAACGAUAACUGUAAUAAACAACGGGAGACAACGUAGGUGUCAGCACGUGUAUGAUUAAAAAAAAAACAAACAAGUCGAUGAUUAUAAUUUCUUAUCAAAUAACGAAUCCUAUUCAGAUAUUCUUCUUUAAUAUCAGAAAAUUAUUAAUUUCUAUGGACAUUUAUCAAAAAAUAUUACUUACAAUGGACUACGUUGCGCAUCAAACUGGUUUCCGCUUCAGUUGUGAGGCACUUCCUUUAUAGUUUUUGACAACAAUAACAAAACAAAAAAAGAAUCAUUAAAGUCACUUAUAAACCGACUGCUACUUAGAUCAGUGUAAGUAUAGUUGUUUUUACAACAUUACACUUGUUCAUUACGUUAUGAUAUAAAGUUUUUCUUGAACUGCAUAAUCCCUUAAUUACGUUUAGAUGAUAUUGCAUUUACAACUUGUCUGACCCCGUUUUUUACAUGAAUGACAGCAGUCUCGUGCAACUCGUGCAAACAGAGUUAUGAAAAGUAUGGUGGAGAAUUCAAGGACAAAUUAUAAAUGACAUUAAAGUGAGAAUAACUGUAUAUUCGUCCAGUUUUGAUCAUUGACAUUCCUGCUGUGUAUUAGUAAGUUUUGUGAAUAAGAUUAGAAUGUUACUUUUGCACAUAUACACAUUGAUUGGACCUCUCAACCAAAUUUCAUACCUUAUUUUAGGGAUUUUUAAGACAAUACAUUUUCAAAAGUUUGUUGAAUGUGAUUUGAUAUUUAAGUGCAUUGUUGUUCAUGAAUACCAAAUUGAAAAUUAAUAAUGGAACCAUUUCUAGGCCUUAUUGUAAGCCACUCGACUUCUGUAACGAUAAAUGUUUAAUGUAUUAAGGGGAAUAUACUCUUUCUGAUUUGGAAUGUGACAUUCCUUGACCACAAUAUCUUUUCUUAUGCAUUACUUUGUAAACCAAUUAAAUAAUGUGUUUUAGCUUACAUAUGCAAAAUGAAAAGAAAGACAGUGAACUUAUUUCACUUUUUUUCUUUAAAUUAAAAUCUGUAGGACAUUGAUAAAUGUUUGGAAAAGGUAAAGCACUAUUAUUUUCGCACAAAAAAUAUUAAUUGUUGACUUUGAAUGUACACGAUAAGUGGUAUGUAAUUCAACAAUAACUUUCUUGUUUCAGAUGUUCUCAUUUUUAUUUUAGUGAGCAAUCCUUUGUGUACUUAUAACAGUUGAAACAGUAUCCAUUUCAUGUACAAAAACUUUGUA